AUGCUCUCUGGCAGGCUGAACCACUCAGACAUCGCCAUGGUCCCUUCCCUCUCUGUGCUGCUUGCAAGCUGCCUGCCCCUGAUUUUGGGAGUUGCUUGGGAUGGAGAUGAAGCCCCCGCGGUAAGCCUCUUGCAUUGAUUCUCCCCCAGGGCGUUCUCCUCCCCCUACAUUUGGGGGGGGGUCCUAAAACUUGAGCAGUUAUGGGGGCCCCCUUUGCAACCAGUAAGGAGGGCUAGGCAACCAGUUACCUUCUUCAGUGGGGUUGUUCCAUGACGGAUCACCACAAUUCUGUAAAAAACAAAACAAAAAAACCCUACUGCAUGUCAGAUUUUGAUUAAAAUUGCUGUACUUGAUGAUCUCAUAUCUCAAAGCCACUGCUGUGAAUUGUUGCUGUUGCUGCUGCUGCUGUUACAUUUAUGUGCGGCACAUACUUCCAGCACAUAUAAAUAAUGAAAAAAAUGAAAGGAAAUUCGAUUUUGAUGAAUCCCUGAAUUGAGUUUUAUUAUUUCGGUCACAGACCAAUUCCAGCCCACAUACAAUAUCGAGGAAGUCAUAAAACACAAUAGGGAUACAUUUGAAUUUGCAAUUAGGUAUAACAGGGACAAUACAGAUAUAGCAACAGUUAAAAAAUAUAUCAAUUAAAGCUUAGUCACUAAUAUAUAACCUAAAAUUAUCAUUUAAAACCUUCAUCUUUAUAACAGCACAGCUUGUUCCCUAAGUUAUAUGGCAAUCGCACAGAAUCUGGCUACCCAAAUCCGAAUUAUGAAUCCCUUAUUCGUAUAUGUUUGAGAAAUUUGUUCUUCUCUCUUUUGUUUUUUUUAAACCAUUUUUUUAUUGAGUUUUCCAUAUUUCAUUACAUUUUAAUUACACAAAUCCAUAACUUAAAACAUUGCUCACACAAAGCACCGACCUCCUUCCCUCCCUUCUUUCUGACUUCCAAACAUCUUUUACCAAUUCCUCACUUUUCUAUGUUCUUCUCUCUUUUGUAUUUGUUAAUAACUUGGCAAUUUGGGGGGGUGGGGGGGACUGUUAAAAGGAAAAAAGAACUGUGCAGGUUCUGGCCAAGGGCUUUGGAGCCGACGGAGGUUGAAGCCAAGUUAUCCUUACUACAAAGCUUUGAGUCAUUUUAACUGGUGUGGCUGUGCCUCCCCAGACAUCCUGGGGGGCUGUGGCUUGGUGGUGGGGUGUGCUGAGAGGGAUCCCCAAUGGGGACCCCUUGACGCAGGCGGGGGGGCUUCACAGAACGCCUGUCCCCAGGAUUAUGACCCUUGUGGAUAAGCCCAGAGUAUCAAGGGAACCGGCCACCUUGCAAAGGAUGCUGACUCACAGGAACCCAAAUUUGCUCCCCCCCUUGACCCCCUUCAAGGAUUGCCCCAUGGAAAACGCGCCACGCCUUCCCCAACACCACCAGGGCUGCCCCACCUCUUCUGCAAAAAACUGAGCUUUGCAUGCAGGGCGGGGGACACAUCCUGCCCUUCCAGAAGCCAGGAAGAAACACAUGUAAAUCUUCCUGCAAAGGAUGUUUGCUCUCUGAGAUGUCCUGUUAGGGAUAUGUUGCCUUUCAGGUUGAUGAGUCUGUGUGAGCAGAGUCUUGAUCCCAAGGAGGCUGGCAAGGAAGGCUUGUAGGUCCUGUAAUAAACAAAAACCUGCCCUUAUUCCCUUAUGGGGGACACAAGAGCCCUUGUAAAGUCCUUUGCAGGUUCUCCAUCAGUCGGAGAAAAUAACAGAGGCCAACCAGAGAAUAUUGAGAAGCAAAGCAGCUAGUAAGCCUGAUCUUUAUUGAUCUGUUGCAACAGGGUGCCCCCUUCACACGCAGGAGGAGGAACCCAGAACCCAGGUGUGUCCGCCCUUAUAUAGACAUUUUAAAUUGCCCACCUUGGAGUCCAAGACCACCCCCACAAACAUCAUACCUACAUCACAGAAAAGGCGGUCUACAGCAGAAAUUUGAAUGUUCUUGUUUUUCCUGUCUGCCAGGUUAUCUGAUGAUGCCUUAUGUGAUUACCUUUCCUGGUAGUCUGCCCAUUUCUUUGAGAUGGUGAUUUCCCAAUUCCUGAGACAAUGGGAAGAUUCCCUCACCCCUCCCUCCUUGCAGGGAAAACAUUUGGCCAGUUUGCGAGUCAAAAUAGUUUCAGGGAGUCAAAAUGGUUUCAGGGCAGUCUUCCUGUGCUGCUCAGGACAUGCGGUCCCCAUAUCUAUUUACGUGCUAGAUUGGUACAUUUAUUAUAUAUAUAUAAGACCUUAAAUUUUUCAUUUCAGUCCCAAAACAAGGGCUGAAGCAGGAGACACGCACCCCAUAGAAGAGGGAAAAAUGGAGCCUGCACACACACCAUGCAUUUAAAGCCCUCUCCCACCACACAAAGAGUCCUGGGAACUGUAGUUUAAGGGUGCAGGGAAUUGUAGCUCUCUGAGGGUUAAACCAUAGUUAAGGACAUAAGAAGAGCCUGCUGGAUCAGGCCCGCAGCUCAUCUCGACCAGCAUCCUGUUCUGACAGCGCCCAACCAGAUGCCCAUCACUGUGGGAGGGAGUUCCAUAGUUUAUGCGCUGCGCGAAGAAGGACUUUCUUCCCAGGAUUGUUCUUUGGGGUGGGGGUGGGGGAAUGUGCUUUUAAAUGUGAGGUAAAGGUAAAAGGUCAAGGACCCCUGGACGGUUAAGUCCGGUCAAAGGUGAUUAUGGGGUUGCGGCGCUCAUCUCACUUUCAGGCCAAGGGAGCCAGCAUUUGUACACAGACAGCUUUCUGCCUCAUGUGGCCAGCAGGACUAAACCGCUUCUGGCGCAACGGGACACCGUGACGGAAGCCAGAGCGCACAGAAACGCCAUUUACCUUCCCACCGGAGUGGUACCUACUGAUCUACUUGCGCUGGUGUGCUUUCGAACUGCUAGGUUGGCAGAAGCUGGGACAGAGCAACGGGAGCUCACUCCGUCACGGGGAUUCGAACCACAGUGGUGCCCCGCAAGACGAAUGCCUCGCAAGACGGAAAACCCGCUAGACGAAAGGGUUUUCCGUUUUUGAGUUGCUUCGCAGGACGAAUUUCCCUAUGGGCUUGCUUCACAAGACGAAAAUGUCUUGCGAGUCUUGAGAUUUUUUUUUCGCUCCCCCCCCCUUUAUCUAAUCCGCUAAGCCUUUAAUAGCCUUUUAGCAGCUAAUCCGCUAAGCCUUUAAGCCUUUAAUAGCCGCUAAACCGCUAAUAGCGCUAAUCCGUUAAGCCGCUAAUAGGGUUGCUUCGCAAGACGAAAAAACCGCUAGACGAAGACACUCGCGGAACGGAUUAAUUUCGUCUUGCGAGGCACCACUGCACUGACCUUCCGAUCAGCAAGCCCAAGAGGCUCAGUGAUUUAGACCACAGCGCCACCCGCGUCCCCUCACUUUUAAAUGUAUAGUAUAUGUGGCCCCAAUGCAUUGUGCAUCUGUGAAACUGGGUUCCAGUUCACGAAAGGCCACUUUCUGGCACAACCUUAAGGUCUCGCCUCUCUUUCCUCCUAGUGCCUCAGAAGUCGCUCGGAGGGUGUCGAUUCUUGUGGGCCCCGAGUCAAGAGACAAGCUGGUGAGUGAAAAGGGACCCUCAGAGGCAGGGCUGGACUCAGUAUAGGUUCAGCUGGGGCAGGAUCCUGCCCCUGGAUGGCCAAACAGACCUCUCCUCCUUUGAGUCCAAGGCACAUUGCUGAAGAGAGGCACAUCCUACCUCCUUGCUUGCCUCUGCCCAGUCAUGCGCCCCCAAUCAAAACACCCACAUUCCAUAAGGUCUCACACAAUCCUAGCGUUGGAAGGGACCCCGGGGGCCGCCCAGUCUGGCCCCCUGCAAUGCAGGCAGUGGCGGAACUUGGGGUCUCAAAUUUCAGCUUUUUCUGCUGCCUCAUCACACGGUUGACUCAUGUUAAGGUUGUGGUCUGUUUGCUAAGACCCCUAGAUCCUUUUCACAUCGUGAGCCAGAUGUCCCCCAUUUUAUAUUUGUACAUCUGGUUCUUCCUGCCCAAGCAGUGCCAGAUUUGCGUAUAAGCUAAACAAGCUAUAGCUUAGGGCCCCACUCUUUUGCCCCCCCCCAAAAAAAACAUACUUCUUCUUAAUUGUGUUUCAGUUCAACGAUUACUUUGAUAAAAUGCAUAUUUUGUUAUGUGCAAAUGGCUUUAGAUACCAUAUAAAUUACCAUAUAGCAUAUAUUCAACACAAAAAACAGUGACAAUUUGUUGUUGACAAAGGACAGCUGGACAUAUAAAGGGCCCCAUUACCUUCAGUAGCUGAGGGCAGGAGUCUGCAAACUUUUUCAGCAGGGAGCCGGUCCACUGUCCCUCAGACCUUGUGUGGGACUGGACUAGAUUUGGGGGGCUGAACAAAUUCCUAUGCCCCACAAAUAACCCAGAGAUGCAUUUUAAAUAAAAGGGCACAUUCUACUCAUGUAAAAACACGCUGAUUCCAGGACUGUCUGUGGGCCAGAUUGAGAAGGCGAUUGGGCCAGAUCUGGCCCCCGGGCCUUAGGUUGCCUACCCAUGGCUUGCAGCGGUUCUCAACCUGUGGGUCCCCAGAUGUUGUUGGACUACAACUCCCAUCAUCCCUGAGCUCUGGCCUUGCUAGCUAGGGGUGAUGGGAGUUGUAGUUCAACAACAUCUGGGGACACACAGGGCCUCAUCAAACCUAAAUCCAGCCCUGCGCCCAAGUGUCGAAUAGAUGCACACACACACACACACACACACACACACACACAGAGGUAAAGGUAAAGGGACGCCUGACCAUUAGGUCCAGUCGUGGCCGACUCCGGGGUUGCGGCGCUCAUCUCACUUUACUGGCCGAGGGAGCCGGCGUACAGCUUCCGGGUCAUGUGGCCAGCAUGACUAAGCUGCUUCUGGCGAACCAGAGCAGCGCACGCCAUUUACCUUCCCGCCAGAGCGAUACCUAUUUAUCUACUUGCACUUUGACGUGCUUUCAAACUGCUAGGUUGGCAGGAGCAGGGACCAAGCAACGGGAGCUCACCCUGUCGUGGGGAUUUGAAUCACCGACCUUCUGAUCGGCAAGUCCUGGGCUCUGUAGUUUAACCCACAGCGCCACCCACGUUGCAUUAGGUCCAUAAAUUACCAUAAAACAUAUAUUCAACACAAAAAACACAAAAAUCACCAUAUAGCAUAUAUUCAACACAAAAAAACAGCUGGACAUAUAAAGGGCCCCAUUACCUUCAGUAGCUUAGGGCCUCAUCAAACCUAAAUCUAGCCCUGUGCCCAAGCGUUGAAUAUAUGCGCGCGCGCGCGCACACACACACACACACACACACGUAUUAAAACAUACAGGUCAUUACAAGAAAAACAUUGAAGCUGCACCAGCCAUUUCUUAAAAAGCAACCUGGAAUAAGAAGUGUGUGCUGAUUUACCCAGGGGCCACCCGGGAUGGGGGGUGGCGAGGCAGGACCCCCCUCCCAUACAACUCACUGGCUCUGCUCUCGCCCAGCUGCAUGGCGCAGGGGCGGAGGCGUUGUUCUGCGCCCAUGCUUGUCUGCUUUCUCCCCCAGGCCUGAUCCGUGGCGCUGCCUACCUCAAGCUCUCCCCGGGGUCCUCAGGGCCCUUAGACUCCGUGCAGGUGCAGCAGUUCCUCCAGACGGUGAGCGUCCCCCGGGAGGUAGCUGGCACAUCAAGCAGCAUCGCCAGCCUGGACGUCACGACCAGUGAGUAAAGGAAAGAGCCUCCUGAGGCUGUUCCUGAGCCACCUUCACAAACCAUCUUGCUCUCUACCUGCUUCAAGCUUCUGGUCCUCAAGGGGUUGGGAUUAUUGUACCUUGACUCUGUAUCUCCAGGCUUGCCUUAUCUGGUGAGAUCAUCUUCUGAGGCCCUCCUUCGUGUGCCUCCUCAAGAAGUCCGGAGGCUGGCAACACGAGAGCAGGGCCUUUUCUGCAGUGGCUCCCCAUCUGUGGAAUGCUCUCCCCAGGGAGGUUUGCCUGGCGCCUUCAUUAUACACCUUUAGCCACCAGGCAAAAACAUUCCUUUUAAACCAGGCCUUUGGUUGACCUAAUGGACAUCCUAUACCCUUUUAAAAUGUGUGUGUUAUUGGGGUGUUGUUUUUUAUUCUGAUUAUAUAUAUUGUGGUUUUUAUGUUGAUCUUUUCUGUGAACCGCCCUGAGACCUCUGGGUAUAGGAAGGUAUAUAAGCCCUACCAACAACCACAACCACAACCACAACCACAACAACAACAACAACAAUUUAUUAUUUAUACCCUCCCAUCUGGCUGGGUUUCCCCAGCCACUCUGGGCGCAGCUCCCAACACAAUAUUAAAAAUGCGAUAAAAGAUCAAACAUUAAAAAGUUCCCCAGACAGGGCUCCCAACCUGUUAAGAAAGAAAACCCAGAUCUGUCAGUUUCAGAUUCUUGUUUUCCCAGUUUUAAAUUCUUCAACUACCUAUCAACCUCGUUCAGCGCACUGUUCAUCCACAUUUUGCAGAUGCCAUACAUUACUCAUCUUAUUCUAUUAUCUGUUUAUAACUCCCAUUAAUGCAAUGUUGGAGGGGGAUUUCCAGCCAGUGGCAGAGUACAGAGUGACUCCAGGAGACAUGGGUGUAAAAACCCAAACUAAAACGAAGACUUUAUUACUAAACAAUAAACACAAACUCUGGUGGGUGUUAUUCCUGCAGGCAGGCUACAAAACUCAGCUUUUUUCCUUUAUAGCAACGGCCACCUGCAGCCAAUUAAUCCCAGAAACUUCUUAAAGGUUUCUGUGCCGAAUGUCCCCUAACAUGCAAUUGUGGGCAGGGUUAGGGUUAAGGGUGUGAAUCCUCAGUUGUCGUGAGUUUGAAGGGGAGAAAUGUAAAUGUUGGAAUUAAACAGCAAUGGAACGUGGCAAGUAUGUCUGUAACAAUUCAACUUAGAGCUUAAAUGUAUGCAAAAUAACCCUUCACAGCAGCAGCAAUUAGUGAUAGCACAAUUUAUGCAGCUUUGCACUUGUAAUAGGACAGGAAACCAUUGCUGCCAGUGCUCUGACCCUGGCAGGUCUCUGUUCAGACUUUCUUUGCUUUCAAAGCACAGAAUCAUAGUGUCGAGUUGGAAGGGACCCCAAAGGUCAUCUAGUCCAACCCCCUACAAUGGAGGAAUCUGCCAGGAGCUCAUCCUACACUCGAGUAGGACCCUGGCAGAGACACAUGCCCAACUGGCAUGUUCCCUCCCUCCUGGUCGAUCGAUUGGGAGCUUCAAAAGCUUUCUUCAGCCCGAACAUCACAGCGACCGAUGCCAACAGACACUGGCACACUUAGGGAUCUGCAGAGUUUGCGCAUCAUGCAUGGCAGACCUCAGCAACUCAGCAUUUGGGCUAAUCUACUUUAAAGGUAAAGGUAAAGGGACCCCUGUCCAUUAGGUCCAGUCUUGGCCGACUCUGGGGUUGCGGCGCUCAUCUCACUUUACUGGCCGAGGGAGCGGGCGCACAGCUUCCGGGUCAUGUGGUCAGCAUGACUAAGCCGCUUCUGGCGAACCAGAGCAGCGCACGGAAACACUGUUUACCUUCCCGCCGGAGCAGUACCUAUUUAACUACUUGCACUUUUACGUGCUUUCGAACUGCUAGGUUGGCAGGAGCAGGGACCGAGCAACGGGAGCUCACCCCGUCGCGGGGAUUUGAACCACCGACCUUCUGAUCAGCAAGUCCUAGGCUCAGUGGUUUAACCCACAGCGCCACCAGCGAAUAGAUGCUGAAUACAUGCCUGUAAAUAAUGCUUACACAUGUCUCUGUCUGCCACUUCCGUUGUAAGAAGAUUUAUUCACUCUGUUGACAGAGCGUGCCAAGUCUGUAAAGGUAUCUGAGGCUUGUGUCGCUGUUUGAUACUGAGACUGGAGAUCGCCUGGCUGCAGGCCAGUGGCUGGAGCCACCUGGGGGCCUGCCUGAUGCCCCCAUCUCCCCGGCAGCAUCCCAACACAUCCUUCUCCUUCUCUCUCCCCCCAGAGUGUGACCCCCGGCAGUGGGAGAUGAUGGCGUUUGGCUACAGCCGGACUUGCCGCUGUCUCCCCGGCUACCAGUACAGCGACAGAGACUGCUCUCGCUUCCAGGGGUGUGGGGGUCUCUUCCAGGCCGCGGCCUCCUUCGUCUUCACACCCCCUUGCGACUGCCUCCGCUGGACUUCUGAAGACCCCGGCUACUGCCUGCCGCUGCUGGAGGCGGCCACAGGUUUGCAAAAGCCCACCUGGUGUGGCAUCGGUACACUGCAGUGCACCCUGGGUGGGGCAGCCCUCGGGUCUGGCUUGGAAACUCCACCUAGGGCAGAAUGCUGCUGCCAGAUUGCUGACAAAGACUUCUGACCGGGAACAUAGGGCCCCAUUGGUGUGUGUGUAUAUAUAAGUUUUUUGACAUACCAUUUUCAACAAUAAUUAAACAUACUUUUACAUCUUAUUCCAUUUUUUGACUUCCAUCAGUCCUGUCUGAAAAUAUUCCAGUCUAAUCUCUCAGUAUGCAUUUCUUACUUUCCCUAUUACAUUUAAAACUCAUAACCAAUAUCUCUACCUUUUUCUACUUUGUAUAUUUCUCCUUACAAAACCUCUUGUAGCCCUACUAGCGUAAUUUGUUAGUUACAAUUGCUCUUCAAAUAGUUCAUAUACUUCUUCCAAUCUUCUGUAAAUCUCUGGUCCCGCAGGUUUCAAAUCCUUCCUGUCAUUUUGUCCAAUUCUUUGUAGUCCAUUAAUUUCGUCUGCCAUUCUUCUUUCGUCGGAAUUUCUUCUUGCUUCCACUUCUGGGCUAACAAUACCCUUGCUGCACAGGACCCCAUUGUUAAAACAGCAGCACCAGCUUCCCCCUCACUACCUAGCCAGGUUCAUGAAACAGACCCUUUGGUGUCAACGGCCUGGUCCGGUGGAACUCCCUGCCACUGAGAAUUCAACAGGCACCUUCUGUGCCAGCUUUUAAAUCCCUGCCGAGAACCUCUCUAUUCCACCGGGGCAUCUGAAUCAUAGGAUCAUAGAAUCAUAGAAUCAUAGAGUUGGAAGAGACCACAAGGGCCAUCGAGUCCAACCCCCUGCCCUUGAGUCCAUCAUCCAAGUCGUUGAUAAAGAUGUUGAAUAAGACCGGGCCCAAGACAGAACCCUGUGGCACCCCACUAGUCACUCUUCUCCAGGAUGAAGAGGAACCAUUGAUGAGCACCCUUUGGGUUCGGUCAGUCAGCCAGUUACAAAUCCACUGAGUGGUAGCAUAGUCAAGACCGCAUUUUACCAGCUUCUUUACAAGAAUAUCAUGGGGCACCUUGUCAAAUGCCUUGCUGAAAUCAAGGUAGGCUACAUCCACUGCGUUCCCUUCAUCUACCAGGCUUGUAAUUCUGUCAAAAAACGAGAUCAGGUUAGUCUGACAUGACUUAUUUUUCAGAAAUCCAUGCUGACUAUUGGUGAUCACAGCAUUCCUUUCUAGGUGCUCACAGACUGUUUGCUUAAUGAUCUGCUCCAGAAUCUUCCCUGGUAUUGAUGUCAGACUGACUGGGCGGUAAUUAUUUGGGUCCUCUCUUUUCCCCUUUUUGAAAAUAGGGACACCAUUUGCCCUCCUCCAGUCUGCCGGGACUUUGCCCGUUCUCCAGGAAUUCUCAAAGAUGACUGCCAGUGGUUCUGAGAUCACAUCUGCCAGUUCUUUUAAUACUCUUGGAUGCAGUUCAUCUGGCCCUGGAGACUUGAAUACAUCUAAACUAGCCAAGUAUUCUUGUACUAUCUCCUUAGUUAUUCUGGGCUGUGUUUCCUUUGCUGAAUCAUUUGCUCCAAAUUCUUCAGGUCGGGCAUUGUUUUCUUUAUCGGAGAAGACUGAGGCAAAGAAGGCAUUGAGGAGUUCAGCCCUUUCUGUGUCCCCUGUUUGCAUUUCACCAUCUUCUCCUCUGAGUGACCCCACUGUUUCUUUGUUCUUCCUUUUGCUACGAACAUACCCAUAAAAACCUUUUUUGUUGCUUUUAACCUCUCUAGCAAGCCUGAGUUCAUCUGUGGGCAGUACAUCCUUCCACAAUGCUUAACUGAUGUCCCUUCUUCACUUUUAAAUGGUUUUAAUUUGUUUUUUAACUUUUUUUUUAUUCCACUGCCUGUUUUUUUAUCAUUGUAAACCACUGUGAUAUAUUUCUGUGAUACAGUGGUACAUAAACAACUUUAUAAAUAACUAAAUAAGUGCCUCGGAUAUGGUUAGAUUUUUUUCUUUGCUUUCGUUGUUAAGGCUGGUUUUAAUGUUAUGUUUUGUGUUUAUUUGUAAGCGGCUUUGAGUUGUUGCUGCAAAAAAAAGGGACUAAUAAAAUGGAUAAUUAAAAAUAAUGGUAAUUUUUACACACACACACACACACACACACACACACUUUUAUUGGUUUUUUUACAUAUCAUUUCCAACAAUCAUUUAACAUAACUUCUUAUACAAUACAAUAUUUUAGACUUCCAUCAACCACCUCUGAUGAUUUUCCAUUCUUUAUCACUUAUUCUGCAUCUCUUAAUUUCUCUAUUACUCUUAAUUAGCAUUAACUAAUAGUUCUCCUCAUAGUCUUUCUGGCAAUAUUUCAGAUGGUCCUCCUUACAGAACUUCUUGCAGUCCUAUGAGCGUAAUCUGUUCAUUACAAUUCCUUUUCAAAUAGUUCGUAUAUUUACUCCAGUCUUCUAAGAAUCUCUGGUCCAAUAAUAAUGGUAAUUAAAGGGGAGGGGGAGAGGAAUAGAAUGCUUCUUUCUCCCUCCUAACUUAACCCCCCCCCCCGACACCCCUGGGAGGUGGGCUAGGCUGAGAGAGGCAGGGACUGGCCCAGCGUCGCCCAAUGGAAGCUCCUUGGCCGAGUGGGAGGAUUCGAACUCGGGUCUCUCCUAGUCCAACACUCUAACAGCCGCACCACACUGACAUCCUAUCCCUUCCAGUUGCAGACAGCCAGCAGCUGCCUCCGGAAGUGGCCUCUGGCGGUGCUGACCAAGACCUGACCCUCUCCUUCAGCCUGAAGGAUGGAGCCACGGAGGUGAAGUUCUACCUGCUCAGCUCCCAGGGAGCCAAGGAAAUCUUCAACGGGACACAAGUGACUCUGCUGCAGAACGGCUCUGAGGCGGAGCUGAGGCUCUGCUCCGUCUCCCCGGACUGGGCUGGUGCAGUAUUGCUCUCUCUAUGGAAGGAAUGAUUUCGGUCUAAAUAUGUGUCUGUGCAUGGGCGUAGCCGGGGGGGUGCAGGGGCAGCUCCCUCCCCCAAUAAUCAAUAAAAAAUCAAUACAGUGGUAUCUUGGUUCUCAAACAUAUUCCGUUCCGGAAGUCCGUUCCAAAACCAAGGUGCGCUUUCCCAUAGAAAGUACGGCGGUACCUCUACUUACGAACGUGAUCCGUUCCGGUGUGCGAACAGUCCGUAAGCAGAACGUGCUACUGCGCAUGCAGGAAGUGCGCAGAUCGCUUCUGUGCGUGCGCGCGCGGCAAACCCGGAAGUAAACACUUCCGGGUUUGCCGCAUUCGUAACCUGAAAAGCUGCAACGUGAAGCAAACGUAACACGAGGUACGACUGUAAUGCAAAAUGGAUUAAUCCGUUCCAGACUUUUAAAAGCAACCCCUAAAACAGCGAUUUAACAUGAAUUUUACAGUCUAAGGAGACCAUUGAUCCAUAAAAUGAAAGCAAUAAACAGUGUACUGCAGUCACACAGUCAAUCAAUUGGUAGCUGAACUGGGUUCCACAAUGGCACAAAAACAAAACAAAAGAGCCGCAAAAAUGAAAACGCAAAAUAAAUAGCAAAAACAGACAGACCUCAGCGUAACACUCAAAACGGAAGCAUAACACUCCAAACGGAGCACGUUUGGCUUCCAUAAAAAGUUUGCAAACCGGAACACUUAGAAUCAUAGAAUCAUAGAAUCAUAGAGUUGGAAGAGACCACAAGGGCCAUCGAGUCCAACCCCCUGCCAAGCAGGAAACACCAUCAGAGCACUCCUGACAUAUGGUUGUCAAGCCUCUGCUUAAAGACCUCCAAAGAAGGAGACUCCACCACACUCCUUGGCAGCAAAUUCCACUGUCGAACAGCUCUUACUGUCAGGAAGUUCUUCCUAAUGUUGAGGUGGAAUCUUCUUUCUUGUAGUUUGGAUCCAUUGCUCCGUGUCCGCUUCUCUGGAGCAGCAGAAAACAACCUUUCUCCCUCCUCUAUGUGACAUAGAGGACAUUUCACAAUUUGCCUUCCUUCCCCCUCUUUCUGCAGUUACUUAAAUUUAUUUUUAAUAUCUUCUGCAUACCCAAAUUAACUUCAUUUGUUCAUUUGUUCAUCUACUUUAAAUAUAUACUCUUAUGAAACUUUAGGUUAUUAUGAGAAAGAAAGGAGAUUCCGAAUAAAUAUCAGGAAGAACUUUCUAAUGGUAAGAGUGGAAGGGACUCCCUUGGGAGAUGGUUGGCGUUCCUAAAUAUGUGCAGGAUUUUACCUGGAGGACCCUGCCCACACGCAGGGGUGGCCCGUGAUUCCCAGUUCCACGCCAGGAGAGAACUUCCAAGAGCUGCGGUUCCUGCACUGCCUGGGGUUGGACUAGAUGCCCUUUGGGGUACCCCUUCCAACUCUGCAGUUCUCGGAUUCUGGCUCCCAGUUCUGACAUGUGUCUCUUACAGGAAAAUACAUCUGCCGCUACUUGUACGAAAACACCAUGCACGAGCUGACCAAGGAGGUGAUCGUUCCCCUUGGGGAAGCGGACCUCAUCCAGACACGGUCGCAGCUCUCCAUGAACUGCAGCUCCCCUGAGGGCCUGACUCUGCAGUGCUGCGUCCGGAACAGAGGAGGAGAGCUGAGAGCAUCCUGGAAUCCAGGCGCCCCAGACCCAGGUGGGUGAGGGGAGGGCAGGGAGCGGCUGGUGAGGCCCAUCAGCCUGGAUGGGCAUUCUGCGCAGCCGUUUUGUUUAAAUUGCAUUUUUAAUUAAGCUGCAUUUUAAAUUGCAUUUUAACCUGUAUUUAAAUUGGUCCCCCCCCAUUAUGUUUUUACUGUGAUUUUAUUUUAUUGGUGUUAGCCGCCCUGAGCCCAGCUCUGGCUGGGGAGGGAGGGCAGGGUAUAAAAGUUAUUAUUAUUAUUACAGUGGUACCUCGGGUUAAGUACUUAAUUCGUUCCUGAGGUCCAUUCUUAACCUGAAACUGUUCUUAACCUGAAGCACCACUUUAGCUAAUGGGGCCUCCUGCUGCUGCCGCGCCGCCUGAGCACGAUUUCUGUUCUCAUCCUGAAGCAAAGUUCUUAACCUGAAGCACUAUUUCUGGGUUAGCGGAGUCUGUAACCUGAAGUGUAUGUAACCUGAGUUACCACUGUAUUAUUAUUAUUAUUAUUAUUAUUAUUUCAUAAAAUUAAUGCACGGCUUGAUGGUAAACAAACAACAACAAUGAAAAGUCAAAGUGGUUUCCAAAAGGAUAAAACAAGAAAAAAAUAUGCAGUGCUUUUCAACAUACAAAAAUGAAAAGACUAAAACAGAUUAAGAUGCAAAACUUUCUCAGCGUCUGGGAAGGCUAGUUGAAACAAAGAUCUUUUCAGAGCCCUGCUUGAACUCUAGAGGCAGGGAGUUCCAAAGUGCAGGGGCUGCCACACUAAACAACCAAGUUCUUGCAAGUAGGAAACAGGUCUACGGUGGCUCUGGAAGUAGUGCCAGUUCUUCUGAUCGCAGGGGUCUUGUGGGUGCAUGUGGGGUGAUGCAACCUCGCAAGGAGGGUGUUAAGAUACCAGAGGGGGCCCUCCUAGUAGUUCUUCCUCCCUCGAAAGUUCGUGCAUGUGUGUGGCCCAGAUGAGGGCCUUCUCGGUGGUGGCCCCCAAAUUGUGGAACUCCCUCCCCACAGAGUUGCCCAGCAAGCAGGACCUGAGUGCAGCAGAAACUUUCCCCACUUGGGAUUGCCAGCAUUUGUUGUUGAGUCGUUUAGUGGUGCCCGACUCUUUGUGACCCCCUGGACCAGAGCACGCCAGGCACUCCUGUCUUCCACUGCCUCCUGCAGUUUGGUCAAACUCAUGCUGGUAGCUUCGAGAAGACUGUCCAACCAUCUCGUCCUCCGUCGUCCCCUUCUCCCUGUGCCCUCCAUCUUUCCCAACAUCAGGGUCUUUUCCAGGGAGUCUUCUCUUCUCAUGAGGUGGCCAAAGUCUUGGAGCUUCAGCUUCAGGAUCUGUCUUUCCAGUGAGCACUCAGGGCUGAUUUCCUUCAGAAUGGAGAGGUUUGAUCUUCUUGCAGUCCAUGGGACUCUCAAGAGUCUCCUCCAGCACCACAAUUCAAAAGCAUCCAUUCUUCGGCCAUCAGCCUUCUUUAUGGUCCAGCUCUCACUUCCAUACAUCACUCCUGGGAAAACCAUAGCUUUCACUAUAUGGACCUUUGUUGGCAAGGUGAUGUCUCUGCUUUUUAAGAUUCCUGGCCCUUAUGAUCUAUCUAAAGAUUAAACUACAUCAAAGCUACCUUCUAUCUUAAUGACCCAAGAUGCCUGAUGAAGCAACUGGCCUGUGUUUCAGAAUGCUUAUACGUGCCUGUCAGGUGUAGAGAACGCAAAUGGCAGAGGUGCAGAGGCCUGUGGGAUUCGAUCAGAAAUUAUUGUCAAUGAAUCAAACCCAGUCAAGGCAAUGCUUUCAUCGCGGACACAAUGGCUUGCUUCAUUUUUCAUAACUCCUCAUAGCAAUCCCACCUGAGUCCCACACUCUGGAUAUCUGCACCCCUACAUCCCCCCGCCAGAUCUUUCCCUCCCCUCCCUCCCUUCCUUCCUUUCCCUCCCUCCCUGCCCUGAACAUCUGGCCCCCUCUCUCUCCGCAGUUCGCCUGGGGGGCAACGGAGACCCUCUCUGCCACUUCCUCGCCCUGAAUUCCUGCCCCAGCGGUGACACCGCCUACCGGUGCACUUUUGAAAGCGACCACCUGGGAACCGUGCAGACCACAGUGUCGGUGGGCCCGAUCCAAGGUAACGGGGGAGACGGGGGAACUGGCGGCCAGAGAGUCUGUGCCUUUCUGUCGCUCCUUUGAGAGCUGGACGUGUUCCAUGAAGGCCUUUCCUGCCUGUGCAUGUGUGUUUCUUGUGCCACAGCCGGAGAUCGCUUCUGCCCCGGUGAGAACUCUACAGGCAGGUGGGAUGCCACGAAGGCAGGGAAGGUGGCUGAGCUCCUGUGUCCCGAGGGGACCGAUGGAAAGAUGCUGCGGUCCUGCUCUCCUGGAGGGACCUGGGAAAAUGUCCAAGACAACUGCACAAAUCAUCAACUGCUGUCUGGGUUGCACGAGGCCCAGGUAACGGGUGGGUUCUUCUGGGCUUCUCUCUCUCUCUCUCUCUCUCCACUCAUACCUAUAUACAGCCUAUAUACAGUCUAUAUACAGUUUAUAUACCGUCAUACCUUGGGUUUCAGCCGCUUCAGGUUGCGUUUUUUUGGGUUACGGACCACCGAAACCUGGAAGUACCAGAACGGGUUACUUCCGGGUUUUGGCGGUUGCGCAUGCGCAGAAGCUCUAAAUUGCACUUUGUGCAUGUGUAGAAGCGCCGAAUUGCAACCCGUGCAUGCACAGACGUGGGUUGCAAACACUGCGGAGCCCCGUUCGCAUCUAGAAGCAAACGUAACCUGCGUCUGCGCGUGCGUGGGUCACGUUUUGGCGCUUCUGCGCAUGCGCGUGAUGUCAUUUUGAGCAUCUGCGCAUGCGCAAGCGGUGAAACCCGGAAGUAACGAGCUCCGUUACUUCCGGUUGCCAUGGAGCGCAACUCAAAUGCGCUCAUCACGAAGCACAUUCAACCCGAGGUAUGACUGUACUUGAUCUUCCUGGUUCCUGAGCUUUCCCGUCAGUCUCGCCAUCUCUGCAUAUUCCAUAAAUUUGGUCUGCCAUCAUUAUGGGCCAAAUUCUUGUACCUGUUCCCAUGUUAGCUCUGCUAUCAAUGGGAAACGAUAUCGAUACGAUACGAUAUCUUUAUUGUCAUUGUCCCAUACAGAACAAUGAAAUUGAAAAAUCUACAUAAGACAUUCAAAAACCCCUAAAAACUCUGAAACCCCAUUUUAAAAUACCAUAUACUCCUAUAGAGACUCCUUAUACUGCUUCCCAAUGUUGAGCCUAAAGGGUUGGUCUUACUUUUUAUGGCAGCCGUGAGACAAAUAGUUGCUUCAAACUGGGGUGGAAACGCCCCCCCCAUGGGAACUUGGACCCAAGAUAUGUGGCAUCUAGCACUUAAAUGCUUAACUCAAGAAUAUCAAAGAAAGACAUGUUCCACUCUGUACGGUCUUGAUCUAUAUCGUUCAUCAACCCUAAUCUCCUCUCUGUCUCAGUCACAACAGCAACUAUGGAGAAAUAAUUUUAACACUGUAGACUGGAGUACACCCUGUGGACGUAAAUUUAAUUAACAAUAUUAAGAAUGUGAGCUUAAUCUGUAAUGUAAAAGAUUUCCCAAGUCUGUUUUGAUGCCAUGUGGAUGAUUAAUUUUUUUAUGCUUGAUGUUUAAAUUAUUUUUUUUAGAUAUGCUAUAAGCCGCCCAUACAAGGCUUUAAACAUCCAAAUAUGCAUUUGUCCUGUUUGCCAACAGUUUAUGGUUGGUAAUCAUUUUUUACAUUUUUCAGUAGAGCUUGUAAUAAAACGAAAAAAUAAAACCUCAAAGUGAUUUCCGUGUGACAGCCCAUCAGAUAUUUAAAGAUGGCUCUCAUAUCUCCUUUCAGCCUCCUCUUCUCCGGGCAAAACAUCCACAACUCCUUCAAUAAGGCUCGGUUUGCAGAACCUUUAUGUUCUUGACCACCCAACUCUGCACAUGUUCCAUCAUGUAUUUUUUAACAGCCAGUGGGUAGAUAGAUAGAUAAUUUAUUACAGUCGGAGACCAAAGCUCAGCCAGUGGGUAUUGUGGAAUCCAGUGGCAAUGAGUUCCAUAGGAAGCCACCCUUGGUCUAAUAGCCUCACUGCUGUUUGUGUGCAGCUGCUCCAGGCAGGGCUGGGCAGCCCCCAAACGGAGGUCCCUUGGAUGAUAGACUGGCUGAAGGCAGAGACCGAGUCCGGAAACAUUCAGGGCAGAAACCCCCGGGACCUCCUGGCUGCGCUCAACACAAUGGACAUCAUCUCAGAGGUGGCUCUGGGAGCCCAGAUGCGCCUGGAGAGCAGCGUUGUGUCUGUGAGUAGCAGCACCCAGGCAGGGAAGGACUUCAGGGCGGGAUUCCUUCAAAGUACUCUGCAUGGGGCUUAUCCUGGGGCUUGAUCCGGAAGCUGGAAUUAGUGCAGGAUGCUGCACCACAGUUGCUGGCAGGAGGGAGGCCUUGUUGGCAUCGCAACCCCUGUCCUCAGGGAUCUGUCUCGCCAGAGUGGUGCAUGCUCUGGUUAUCUCCCGCUUGGACUACUGCAAUGCGCUCUACGUGGGGCUACCUUUGAAGGUGACCCGGAAACUGCAACUAAUCCAGAAUGCGGCAGCUAGACUGGUGACUGGGAGCAGCCGCCGAGACCAUAUAACACCGGUCCUGAAAGACCUACAUUGGCUCUCAGUAUGCUUCCGAACACAAUUCAAAGUGUUGGUGCUGACCUUGAAAGCCCUAAACGGCCUCGGUCCAGUAUACCUGAAGGAGCGUCUCCACCACCAUCGUUCAGCCCGGACACUGAGGUCCAGCGCCGAGGGCCUUCUGGCGGUUCCCUCAUUGUGAGAUUACAGGGAACCAGACAGAGGGCCUUCUCCGUAGUGGCACCCGCCCUGUGGAACGCCCUCCCUUCAGAUGUGAAUGAAAUAAGCAGCUAUCUUCUCUUUAAAAGACAUCUGAAGGCAGCCCUGUUCAGGGAAGUUUUUAAUAUUUAAUGCUGUAUUGUUUUGAACAUUUGAUUGGGAGCCGCCCAGAGUGGCUGGGGAAACUCAGCCAGAUGGGCGGGGUAUAAAUAAUAAAUUAUUAUUAUAUUAUUAUAUCUGCACUGACUGCUGAUUGGCUACUCGGCCAAGUUCGAUAUGUUACUGUGGGGAUAUAAAGCCCUUAACUUGGGACCAGUUUUCCGAUGAGAUAACCUUUCCCUACAUACAUCUGCUAGACCAAUUGGUGGAACUGGCAUGAUUACAGGUGCCACACUCAGAGGGGGUGGCAUAUAAAAUAAUAAUAAUAAUAAUAAUAAUAAUAAUAAUAAUAAUAAUAAUAGUUAUUAUUAUGCAUUCCUAAGAACAUUUAGUGUGGCAGCACCUAAAGUUUGGAACUCCCUGCCUGUUGAUAUCAGGCAAUUGUCUUCCCUGAACUCUCUUAGGCAACUGCUAAGAACAUUCUCGUUUAGCCUACCCAGAUGUUUAGAAAGCUGGAGUGAGUUUUUAUCUGUAUUGCGUCUGUCGUUUCCUUAACUUUUUGAACGUUAGAAAUUAUUGUUCGUUAAUUUAUCUUGUUGAUAACAUUAUUGUUUUAUCUUGCUUGUAAAGCGCUUUCAUUUUUGUUUGUUUGUUUUCAUCUUCUUCUUUGGCGAUCAGUCCUAGGCUCUGUGGUUUAACCCACAGCGCCACCCGCAUCCCUUAUGCUGUUUAUACAUUUUGAGGUCUUAGAUAUAUGGUAAUGUUCAUAAGUGUACCAACCAAGCAAGUACAUCAGCACAGGAAGACCGACCUGGAACCAUUUUGAUUCUUAAACUGAGCAAAUGUUUUCUCUGCAAGGUCAAAGUGGGAAACCUCCCCAUUGUCCCUUUCCUCACAAAUCCUGUCUGUUUAUGAAUAGGGUGAGCCUGUGACCUGGCCCAGGAACUAAGUAUUUAUCAUUACAAAAGACUAGCCAGGCUCCCCAGGAAAUCCAGUCAAGUAACCUGCCAACAACAUUCAAAAUUUCUGUUUUAGACCGCUUUUUUUGUGAUGUAUGUAUGUUUCUGGGGGUGGUCUUGAUCUACAGGGUGGCGAUUUCAAAAGUCUAUAUAAGACCUUGCGCGCCAUUUUUCUGGGUUCCUCCUCUCUCCUGGGGGUGAGGGGAGCACUCUGUUGCAACAGAUCAAUAAAGAUCAAGCUUACUAACUGCUUUGCUUCUCAAUAUUCUCUGGCUGGCCUCUGUUAUUUUCUCCUACCAACAGGGAACCUAUGCAAGGACUCUAUAUGGGCUCUUGGAUACCCCAUAAGGGAAAAGAGCAAUUUUUGUUUACAACAUGACCACCUCUCACUGCAAGACUUGGCCAUCGGCCAGGGAUUGUUUAGCUGCAACGCCUGCAUUGCUGGGGUUGGGCUAGAUGACCCUCAAGGGUCCCUUCCAACUCUUCUACAAUUCUAACCAUGACCCAGGUUAAUGAGGAAAUCCCUCCUUCUGCUUUCAGAAUUUGCUGGCUGCUGCCAACACAAUGCUCGACGUAGACCCGGGGCCGGAGUGGUCUGCAGUGGAAGCCCUGAGCCCGUCGGCCGCUUCCAGGCUCCUGCAGUCCAUUGAGAACCUCGCCAGCCUCCUCCUGCCGCCCGCGGGCAGCCCCUACAACUUGACGCUCCCCAACCUUGAGCUCCAGAGCGCCCAGAUGGGCCCUGAGUUUGAGGACUUCAACAAGGGCUUCGACACGGACCCCCCUCUCCGCGUCCACAUUGAGGAGGAGGAGUUGUUGCGCUGCGGGCAGAAUGUCACCGUCACCAGCCUGGUGCUGAAGAAGCUGGGCAGAAUCCUGCCAGGCAGCCGUGGCGCCAAGGCCAGGCUGGGCAGCUUAGUGAUGUCCAACUCCGUCACGGCUUCCAACGGGAGCGUCUCGCAGGUGGAGGUGGAGAUGACCUUUGGCCACUGGAACGGCACCGGCGAAGGGCAGGAGGAGGAAGAUGAGGAGGAGAGGGUGGCACAGUGUGUGUUCUGGGACCACAGCCUGCACGGCAGGGUCGGCGGCUGGUCAGCCGAGGGGUGCCAGACCUCCGGCACCGAAACCGCCACCAAGUGCACCUGCCACCACCUGACUUCCUUCUCCAUUCUCAUGUCUGCUCAUCCUGUGCCAGACAGCUUCGCCCUGACCUUCCUGGGCACCUUCGGGGUCUGCGCCUCAAUCCUGGCUCUCAUCGCCACCCUCGCCAUCUACUACCUCGUCUGGACUUCGGUGGUGAAGAACAAGGUGAGAGACAAACAGGCUGCACCCUUCGGGAAUUUUGAGUUGGGGGGGAAAGACAGGGCCGGAUUUAGGUUUGACGAGGCCCCAAGCUCCUGAAGGGAAUGGGGCCCUUUCUAUGUCCAGCUGUCCUUUGCCAACAACAAAUUGUCCCUGUUUUUGUGUUGAAUAGAUGCUAUAUAGUAAUUUAUGGACCUAAUAGGUAUCUAAAGCCAUUUGCACAUGUUGCCCUGCAACCAGUCCAUGCAGAAUGUCAGCACCUUAUAUAUAGAAAGGAGCAAACCAGGGAUAUUUUAGGGAGCAGGCGGGGCCCAUGACUUACAUCAGGCAUAGGCAACCUUCGGCCCUCCAGAUGUUUUGGACUACAAUUCCCAUCAUCCCUGACCAUUGGUCCUCUUAGCUAGGGAUCAUGGGAGUUGUAGGCCAAAACAUCUGGAGGGCCAAAGGUUGCCUAUGUCUGACUUACAUCAUAGGAGCCUACACAGCACAAAGCACUGUUGCUGUAGGUAAGUUUUAUUUUAUUAGUUUUUUAUCUUAUAUUUUGGAAAUGUACAUCCAGUGUUUAUUUCCUUUAAAAAAAAUUUGGGGCCCCCAAGAGAGUGGGGCCCUAAGCUAGAGUUUGUUUAGCUUAUAUGUAAAUCCGGCACUGGGGAAAGGCAUGGUAGAAGGUUUUUUUAAAGUCGUGCAUAGCAGGGAGAUAGUGGAUGGAGAAAAGCUGGAUUAUUCAGGAUGAAUAAAAGAAAGUCCGUCUCCAUGCAGUGCAGACUUAAUCUAUGGAACUCCCUGCACUUGGAUAAUAAUAAUAAUAAUAGUAAUAGCUCCAGAACGGAUCCCAUUCGCAUCCAGAGGUACCACUGUAAGAAUAAUAUAAUAAUAAUAAUAAUAAUAAUAAUAAUAAUAAUAAUAAUAAUACUAUUUAUACCCCACCCAUCUGGCUGGGCCUCCCCAGCCACUCUGGGCUGCUUUCAACAGAAUAUUAAAAUACAAUAGUCUAUUAAACAUUAAAAGCUUCCCUAAAGAGGGCUGCCUUCAGUUGUCUUCUAAAAGACUGGUAGUUGUUGUUCUCUUUGACAUCUGGUGGGAGGGAGUUCCACAGGGAGGGCGCCACUACUGAGAAGGCCCUCUGCCUGGUUCCCUGCAGCUUUGCUUCUCGCAGGGAGGGACCCGCCAGAAGGCCCUCGGCUCUGGACCUCAGUGUCCGGGCUGAACGAUGGGGGUGGCUUUAAAAGAGGGUUAGAUGAAUUCAUGGAGAGGGUGGUCAAUGGCUUCUGGCUCUGCCCUGCCUCCACAAUCGGAAGUAGCAACGCUUCUGGGAGCUGCAGGAGGGCUCUUGCGUUCGAAUCCUGCUUGCGAGUUUCCCAUAAGGGGCAUUUGCUUGGUCCUUGUGAGAAAAGAAGGGUCAUCGGCCUCAUCCCCCAGGCUCCUUGUGUUCUUACGGUCUUAAAGGGGUCCAGAUGAAGUGUUUCAUACACAGCAAAAUCCAGGUCCGAAUGGACCACAAGGGCACUUUUUAAAGGGAGGUCCAGCACAGCUGCUCAGGGUGACUCAAACAAGUGAGUCAAGCCACUUAUUAUCACAGAAUCAUGGAGCCGGAGUUGCUCCAAGCUCCUGCAAUGCAUUGCAAUGCAUAAUAAAUAAUAAUAAUAAUAAUAAUAAUAAUAAUAAUAAUAAUAAUAUCCCACCUUUUUCACAGUCUGGGACUCAAGGAGACUUGUGCAAAUUUAAACAACACAGAAGUACAAAAAGCUAAAAACAUAUCAAAGAUAAAACAAUAUAAAAAACCCUAUUUUUUAAAAGUUUUUUUAUUAAGAAUUUCAACAUAACAAUUAUAAAAUAAAUAAUCUCCAUUAUUUUCCCCCUUUCCCCCCCUCCCCUAAAAACCCUCCCUCCCCCCCAAAACUUCCCUCAGCUCCUCUCUCUGAUUUCUCAACUCAUGUUAUUCUCUGCAUACUGUAAAAUUGUAUAUAUCCUUUUAUUAUCUGUCUACUAUAUUAACCCUCGAAAACAAACCUAUUAAAAAUACAGACAAUAAAAAAACAGCACAGCACUAGUCUCCUUCAUUGGAGGUUUUAAAGCAGAGGUUGGGUGGCCACCUACCAGGGAUUCCUCAGCUGUGUGAUUCCUGCGUUGCGGGGUUGGGCUACAUGACCUUUGGGGUUCCCUCCCAACUUUACAAACCUGCGAUUCUAGGGCCCCCUGAGGCCUGCCUGGCCCCCUCUCACCCUGACCAGCCUUCUCCCGUUUCCCAGGUGUCUUACUUCCGCUACACCACGUUGGUCAACAUCGCCCUGUCUCUGCUGAUGGCCAGCUUCUGGUUCCUGGGCGCCUCUCGGCUGGCGUCUGACCCCGAGAGCAAGCUGUGCGUGGCGGCCGCCUUCUUCACCCACUUCUGCUACCUGGCCAUGUUCUUCUGGAUGCUGGUCCAAGCCCUGAUGCUCUUCCAUCAGCUGGUCUUCGUCUUCCACCAGCUGAGCACCCGCUCCGCCCUGCCCGCCAUGGUCUCGCUGGGCUACCUGUGCCCCUUUGCCAUCGCCGUGGCCACGGUGGCCGCCUUCCUGCCCCGGGGGGGCUACCUCCACCAGGCCGUCUGCUGGCUCUCCUCCCGCAGCAAAGCCAUCUACGCCUUUUCCGUGCCCGUCCUGGCCGUCGUGUCGGCCAACGCGCUCAUCCUCUUUGUGGUGCUGCUGAAACUCAUGAGGCCCUCGGUGUCCGAGGGGCCGCAGGGAGAGGAGUGGAAGGCUCUGGUCAGCAUCUUCAAGGCCCUGCUCAUCCUCACGCCCGCCUUCGGGCUGACGUGGGGACUGGGCGUCAUCACCAUGACCACGGAUGCAUCACAAUUCACGCAUUACAUGUUUACCAUCCUCAAUUCGCUCCAGGUGGGUGUGGACCAGGGCCAAGGUAAUUGUGUGUUUGUGUGUUUGUGUAACUGGGAGUCAGAGUGCUGCCACACAGAUCGGCUCAGAAGCAAGGUAACUGGGAGGUAAAGGUAAAGGGACCCCUGACCAUUAGGUCCAGUCGUGGACGACUCUGGGGUUGCUGCGCUCAUCUCGCUUUACUGGCCGAGGGAGCCGGCGUGCAGCUUCCGGGUCAUGUGGCCAGCAGGACUAAGCCGCUUCUGGUGAACCAGAGCAGCGCACAGAAAUGCCGUUUACCUUCCCGCCAGAGCGGCACCUACCGUAUUUUUCACUCUAUAAGACGCACCAGACCAUAAGACGCACCAAGUUUUUAGAGGAGGAAAACAAUAAAAAAUAUAUAUUCUGAAUCUAUUAUUUCUGUAGAGCCUCUUUUCAAAUGCUUGAUUUUGCAAGUGAACAGGAGAAGCAUUUUAACAGGCAUUAGUGCUUGGAUUUCAUUCUCUCACAGAAAGCCCCAGGGGGAAAAAAUUGAAUCAUCUGGCCGUUUGGAGAGAUAGAGGCACAUGGUUUGGGCAGUGAUGGAAUCCAAGACUGACUGAAGAGGGAAAACAAGAAUAAUGUUCUCCUGUCUGUUUGUCAAGUUGCUCAGGGGGCAAAUGAAGGGCUAUCAUACAACAACCUCACAACAACCCAGUGAGGUUAAGGUGGCUCUCUCUGCGCAGCGCCUCUCUAGAGAAGCGGGAGGAGAAACGGAGCCCCUUCCAUUUUUCCUCCCGCUUUGCUGAAGAGGUGCUGCGCAGAGAGGGAGAACUGCGCAGUGCCAUUCGCUCCAUAAGACGCACACACAUUUCCCCUUACUUUUUAGGAGGAAAAAAGUGCGUCUUAUGGAGCGAAAAAUACGGUAUUUAUCUACUUGCACUUUGACGUGCUUUCGAACUGCUAGGUUGGCAGGAGCAGGGACCAAGCAAUGGGAGAUCACCCCAUUGUGGGGAUUCAAACCGCCGACCUUCUGAUCAGCAAGUCCUAGGCUCUGUGGUUUAACCCACAGCGCCACCCGCAUUCCAACAGGUAGGUGGGUUUCUCAAAAACCAAUUCUGCGAGAUGAAUCUCAUUUCUUUCUUUGAUAAGAGUUACCAGCUUGGUGGAUCAGGGGAAUGCUGUGGAUGUUGUGUAUCUUGAUUUUGGUACGACUUUUGACAAAGUUGUUCAACAUCUUUUUAAAUUACUUGGAUGUAGGAAUUGAGGGGAAGCUCAUCGAAUUUGCAGAUGACAUGAAAUUGGGAGGGGUAGCUAAUGUCACAGAAGACAGAAUCAGAAUUCAAAAUGAUCUUAACAGAUUGGGCCCAAACUAACAUAAUUAAUUUCAAUAGGGACAAAUGCAAGGGUCUGCACUUAGGCAGGAAGAACCAGAAGCACAAAUAUAGGAUGGGGAACACCUGGCUUGGCAACAGCACAUGUGAAAAGAAUCUCGGGGUCUUAGCAGACCACAAGCUGAACAUGAGCCAACCGUGUGAUGCAGCAGCAAAAAAGGCGAAUGCUAUUCUAGGCUACAUCAAACCUAGUGUCCAGAUCAAGAGAAGUCAUAGUCCCACUCUAUUCUGUCUUGGUCAGACCCCCACCUAGAGUCCUGUGUCCAGUUCUGGGUGCCACCAUUUAAGAAGGAUAUUGACAAGCUGGAAGGUGGGCAGAGGAGGGCAACCAAGAGGAUCAAUGGUCUGGAAACCAAGCCUGAUGAGGAGCAGUUGAAGGAGCUGGGUAAAUUUGGCCUGGGUAAGAUGAGACUGAGAUGAGAUAGAACAGGGGUGGCCAACUCCCAAGAGACAGUGAUCUACUCACAGAGUUAAAAACUGGUUCACAUCAAAGUUGUUGAGCUGUUGAGCUUUUUUUAGGAAUGAGGAAAGACUUGUUUUUUGGAGCAGACUCUGAAGUACCAUAUUUUUCGCUCCAUAAGACACACUUCACACUUUUUGUCUUCCUAAAAAGUAAGGGGAAAUGUCUGUGCGUCUUAUGGAGCAAAUGUGUGGUCCCUGGAGCCAAAUUGCCCAGGGGCUAAAAGCAGAUCAUGCUUUUUUAUUUUUUUUGGAAGAGGGAAGGGGGUGUUGAAACAAAGCCGCUGAUCGGAAGCGAUCGGAAGCGAAGUAAGGGACGCUAGCAAUAAAGGAGGCUGCCUGGGAGGGGGGAGGUAAAGACAGCAAACUUGCAAGGAGAGGAGACAGGAAGACUAAAGCAAUGGACAGAAAUUAGAAGAAAAGGAGGAGCAAAAAACUGCUCCAGCUGAGGAAAAGACACUAAGGCAAACAAGAGGGAAGGGAGUGUUGAAAGGAAACAGCUGAUCGGUAAACGAUCGGGAGGGAGAUAAUGGAUGCUAGAGAUAAAGGAGGCUGCCUGGGAGGGGCGAUGUAAAAGCCCACGGAUCCUCAGGACUUUUGCAUUGGGUCACCCCCAAAUUCACCAUCAGAUCACAUAGCAUGUCCAUGGCUACAGCCUGCACCAAAAACACACACACAUCCAUUGUUGCGUGGGGCUGCAAUGGUGCAAGAAUGUGGUUACAAAGCACGGAUCCACAUGGAUCCUCAGGAUUUUUGCAUUGGGCUACCCCAAACUUUCCGUCCAAUCACAUGUCUGUGGCCACAGCAUGAACCACAAAAAUCAUACAUCCACUGUUUCGUUCAGAAUAUAUUUUUUCUUGUUUUCCUCCUCUAAAAACUAGGUGCGUCUUAUGGAGCGAAAAAUACGGUAUUUUGUUUAAGGCCGCUGAAGGGUCUUCACUAAGCAACAUUCUUCUCUGUUGCAGGGGGUCUUCAUUCUGAUUUUUGGCUGCCUCAUGGACAAGAAGGUAAGCAGCACACCCUCCCCAAAUUGGCAGUGUUUUGUUUUGUUUUUUUCCAACCAGGAGGGUCUCAGAGACCUGGAGUGGGGGGUGAUGUGGAGGCUUUUCCAAGCACAAAGAUGUGAGGGGCUUCUGACUGCAUCGCCCACAGGAGGGAAGGAUCUUUGCCAGUCCAAGCACCGGUCACUGAGACCCACAAUAGGGGUGGGAGAUGCACUUAGGGGCGGAAGCUUCUUCUGCAUCAGGCAUAGGCAAACUCGGCCCUCCAGAUGUUUUGGGACUACAACUCCCAUCAUCCCUAGCUAACAGGACCAGUGGUCAGGGAUGGUGGGAAUUGUAGUCCCAAAACAUCUGGAGGGCCGAGUUUGCCUAUGCCUGUUCUACAUCUCUGGGGCAGGGGCUGUGACCCACAAUUGGUUUCUUCAGGCCGCUUGCUGGCUUUGAACCCCACACAGUUGAUUUUGCUCCUUUAAAAAAAAACUUUGUGGCCAAUCAUUCACUCCCCAGGGCAGGUGAGAACUUUGAAAACAACUUUGUUGUUGUUUAGUUGUUUAGUUGUGUCCGACUCUUCGUGACCCCCUGGACCAGAGCACGCCAGGCACUUCUGUCUUCCACUGCCUCCCGCAGUUUGGUCCAACUCAUGCUGGUAGCUUUGAGAACACUGUCCCACCAUCUCCUCCUCUGUCGCCCCCUUCUCCUUGUGCCCUCCAUCUUUCCCAACAUCAGGCUCUUUUCCAGGGAGUUUUCUCUUCUCAUGAGGUGGCCAAAGUCUUGGAGCCUCAGCUUCAGGAUCUGUCCUUCCAGUGAGCACUCAGGGCUGAUUUCCUUCAGAAUGGAGAAGUUUGAUCUUCUUGCAGUCCAUGGGACUCUCAAGAGUCUCCUCCAGCACCAUAAUUCAAAAGCAUCCAUUCUUCGGCGAUCAGCCUUCUUUAUGGUCCAGCUCUCACUUCCAUACAACAACCACAAAAAUGGUGAUGGAAACUGUCGCUUUGGACCGAUGACCCCCCCAGGACAGGACAUGCAAAUAGAGAGGUGAAAGGGAUGCUUUCUGUUGUUUUCUGCUGCUCCAGAGAAGCAGACACGGAGCAAUGGAUCCAAACUACAAGAAAGAAGAUUCCACCUAAACAUUAGGAAGAACUUCCUGACAGUAAGAGCUGUUCGACAGUGGAAUUUGCUGCCAAGGAGUGUGGUGGAGUCUCCUUCUUUGGAGGUCUUUAAGCAGAGGCUUGACAACCAUAUGUCAGGAGUGCUCUGAUGGUGUUUCCUGCUUGGCAGGGGGUUGGACUCGAUGGCCCUUGUGGUCUCUUCCAACUCUAUGAUUCUAUGAUUCUAUGAUGCUGGUUUAUACUGCAAAAACUCCCUAACAGAGGAUGCUCAUGGCCAGGACUGUCACAUGUUCCUCCAAUGGCCUCAGGAGUCACUGUUUGUUUCUUACAGGUGAGAGGAGCGCUUUGCAAGCGUCUGUGCAAGUCACCUGCAUCUCAGGUAAGCAAGGUCCCAGCUGGCCUCAAAUUCCCUGCCUUCGCACAACCAGCUUCGCUGGGAAUGAACUGCCACCUCCCCUUUUUCACCUGGUGUCCAGGCUUGGAGGCCGUGGAUCCUUUGCUGAGGCCCUUUGCUUCAGCCUCCUAUUUAUCCAGAAUCUGAUUACCUGCCCCUUGCAGCUGGCUCUCCCUCUGGAGAAGCCUCCAGGGCUUCUUCUCACCACAACCCUUUCCUACAGCUUUUCCAGAGGAGCAGCUCCAUCAAAAACCUUGGCAGCACAGAAAACACUUCUUCACGCAGUUCAUAAACUGUGGAACUCCCUGCCACAGGAGACAGCGACGGCCACCAACUUGGAUGGCUUGAAAAGAGGAUGGGACAAAUUCAUGGAGGAGGACAGGGCUAUCGAUAGCUAAUAAUAAUAAUAAAAUUUUAUUUAUAUCCCGCCCUUCCCAGCUGAAGCUGGGCUCAGAGCAGCUAACAACAAUAAAAGUAACACAGCAUUCUAAAAUCAAUUCAUUCUAAAAUCAAUUCAGAAUCAAAUUAAUGGCAACCAUUGGGCUAGAGUUCUGUGAGGAUUUCCAAAGGAGGGGGUCAGGCUGUGCCCUGGCCAAAGGCCUGGUGGAAAAGCUCCAUCUUGCAGGCCCUGCGGAAAGAUGUCAAGUCCCGCAGGGCCCUAGUCUCUUGGGACAGAGCGUUCCGCCAGAUCGGGGCCACAGCCGAAAAAGCCCUGGCUCUGGUUGAGGCCAGCCUAACCUCCCUGUGGCCUGGGACCUCCAAGAUGUUUUUAUUUGAAGACCUUAAGGUCCUUCGUGGGACAUACCAGGAGAGGCGGUCCCGUAGGUACGAGGGUCCUAGGCCUCAUAGGGCUUUAAAGGUUAAAACCAGCACCUUAAACCUGAUCCUGUACUCCACCGGGAGCCAGUGCAGCUGGUUGAACACCGGGUGAAUGUGAUCCCAUGGCAAGGACCCCGUAAGGAGUCUCGCCGCGGCAUUCUGCACCCGCUGGAGUUUUUGGGUCAGUCUCAAGGGCAGCCCCACAUAGAGUGAGUUACAAUAAUCAAGACUGGAGGUGACCGUCGCGUGGAUCACAGUGGCCAGAUGACUCUGCCUCCAUAAUCAGAGGCAGCGAUGCUUCUGAAACCCAGCUUUCUAAACAUCUGGGUAGGCUAAACGAGAAUGUUCUUAGCAGUUGCCUAAGAGGGUCCAGGGAAAACACCUGCCUGAUAUCAGCAGGCAGGGAGUUCCAAAGUUUAGGUGCUGCCACACUAAAUGUUCUUAGGAAUGCACAAUACAGUGGUACCUCGGGUUAAGUACUUAAUUUGUUCUGGAGGUCCAUUCUUAACCUGAAACUGUUCUUAACCUGAAGCACCAUGUUAGCUAAUGGGGCCUCCCGCUGCCGCUGCACGAUUUCUGUUCUCAUCCUAAAGCAAAGUUCUUAACCCGAGGUAAUAUUUCUGGGUUAGCGGAGUCUGUAACCUGAAGCAUAUGUAACCCGAGGUACUACUGUAAUAACUAUUAUUAUUAUUAUUGUUGUUGUUGUUUAGUCAUGUCCGACUCUUCGUGACCCCAUGGACCAGAGCACGCCAGGCACUCCUGUCUUUUUACUUUUUACUUUAUUAUUAUUAUUAUUAUUAUUAUUAUUAUUAUUAUUAUUAUUAUUUUAUAUGUCACUCCCUCUGAGUGUGGCACCUGUAAUCGUGCCAAUUCCACCAAUCGAAGUGGUCUAGCGGAUUUAUGUCGGGAAAGGUUAUCUCAUCGGAAAACUGGUCCCAAGUUAAGGGCUUUCUAUCCCCACAGUAACAUAUUGAACUUGGCCCAGUAGCCAAUCAGCAGUCAGUGCAGACCUCUGAGGACAGGGGUUGCUAUGCUGACAAGGAAGGGAGAGCGAUGCUGCUUGCAGGCUUCCCACGGGCAUAUGGUCAGCCACCAGGAUGCUGGACUAGUAGGGGCCAUUGGCCGGAUGUAGCAAGCUCUUCCUAUGCUCUUACAGAACCUCCAAGUCCAGAGGCAGUCUAUCCGUCUUAGUUUUUUUACGGGAAUUUGGGUGGACUAGAUGGCCCCAUGGCCCGAGCCUGCAGGUUCUUCUUAGGUCCUUAGGCUAUCCUCCUUGCUGCUGGGCGAAGCGGCUUCUCUCUCCCCUCGGCUUUGGGGGGCGGGGGAAGGCAACGGAGCCAGGCUGGGGGCUCCCCACUGCUUCCUGGGAUGGUGCCAGGUGGAAUCAAGGGGCAACAGUAAAAUGGUAGGGCCGGUUUACUCAACCUCCUGUUUCUCCCAAUUGGGUCCACAGACCAAGAGCGAAACGCUGGACUCCAAACUCAGCAACUGA